AUGAAAGCUGAGUCGCAGCGCUGCUUGAAUGGCUCGCUCGGCGAGCCCAGCAUCGGUCGCUGGGCUAGCCGUUUCAGCAGCUUGAUGCUCUGCACGCUCUACAUCGAUGUCGAUUUUGUCAUUUUGAUCUCUUGCUUGUGUGCGAGGGCCGCGGCAGCAGCAACAGCCGAGUCGAGGUGCCCAUGGUUCUUUCAUACUAGUGGACUUGAAAGCUGGAGCUGGGAGCUUCUUGAUAUAACGGAUUUCCGGGCCAACGAGCACUGUAAGAGGUAUCUCGCGUUGCGAUACCUGGUAAAGCGUACUUCACCGGCUGUAUGAGUACACCUGAAGUUGAUAGGCAUCAGCAUACUGGAAGGAUUGAGGUUCAUCCUCUCGAACUAGCUCAGCCGCCCCAUUUCGAACUUUAAAGCGGCAGCCACCAGUGAGCUCCGGGCACCAUAC